UGUUAUCUAAACGCCGUUAAAGUACGCUGAUGUCAAGCAGUUGGCGCUGGUCCUUCGUGGGUGACGCUCGUGGCUCUGGGGGCAGCAGACCGCCUGGCACUGUGGCUCUCGUUCUCGUGACCUUUGACCUCGUUCGACCUCGUUCUUCCUGUUCUUCUUCUCGUAUUGCCAUUUGUGUUGUGAUGUGAAACGUGCUAGAAAAUGAGACUGAUCAUUCGCGAAAAUAGGAUGGUUUAUUCGCAAAAGAUGAAAUAAAGUGAAAAUUCAACAGCAGGAGAAGACAGAAACACCAAGACCCUUAUGAAAGACUUUCCAGACCUUUCCCUAAAUAGCAUUUAUCUUUAAAGUGUCUCCCAACACAAAUAAAACCAAAUAACCAUCAGAAUAAACAGUAAAUAAAUAAAAAGAAUACACACACCUCGAACAGAUAACAAAGAGGAAUGAGCGACAAGACAAGCCUCCUCGUGACCUCCAUUUCGACCUCCCUCGUGAUGGCUGACGAGGAUCCCAUCCCGGCGCCGAACUGGGCUCUCGUGCUGACCGCCGUGGCCGCCAUCAUCAUCUCCAUCCUGGGGUUCUUCGGGAACCUCCUGACGAUCCUCGCGCUGCCGUAUUCCCUCCGCCUCCGCAACGCAGCUACCUGGUUCGUCGUGAAUCUUGCCGUGGCGGAAGGCAUCUUUUGCGUCACCAUCCUGCCCAUGUCCGCUGCUCACCUGUUCUACCUGUACGUCACCGGGGAGGGCAUGUUUACGUCGAGAGGGUGCAGCGUCUUCGUUUUCCUGCGCUACGUCAACAUCCAGGCGGAAUUGCUGUCUAUAGCGGCCAUCGCGGUUAACAGAUGUGUGUUGAUUGCGGUUCCCAAGAAGUACCCGAGAGUCUACACUGGAGCCAAGACGAUCAUCAUUAUAGCAGCAAUAUGGGCUUUCUCCAUUUUCCUCAUGCUAAUUCCCCUCCUCAGGAUCUACGGCCACCUGGGCUACAACAAGGACACUCACGAGUGCGACUUCAUGGAGGACACCCCAGCGAAGCAAGGGCCGAGGAAACUUUUCUUGGGCAUAGGAUUCUUGCUUCCCUGCGUCGUUAUUAUCGCCUCGUAUUCGUAUAUUUUCUAUAAGGCGCGGCAAAGUUCAGCCAAGGUUCAAGCGCGGAGGAAUAACAGCCUUAAUAACAGUGUCAAUAGUGACGUCAGAAACAGCCGCCCGGCAGAAGGACUGAGGUCACGUGACAUCCGCAUCGCCCGGACGAUUGGCGUGAUUUUCUUGGUCUUUCUCGUCUGCUGUAUGCCGGUCUCCAUCGUGCAUUAUCUCUACAAGAAGCUCCAGAAACCAACACUCCUGCUCCUUCUGCACCCUGUCUAUUGGGCUCAGUAUUGCAUCAACAUCUUCAUCUACGUGUUUAUGAAUCGCCAGUACAGAGACGCCUACGUCAAUUAUAUUUCCAGGUGGUGGCCGGACUUCAGGGAGCUCUCCCGCCGCAACUUCAAGUGGAAGGAGGAGCCGACGAGCGACAGCGGCCGCAGAGCCUCUCGCGCCAACACCCCCAGCAGCGUCGUCAAGUUCGCCACCCGCAAGAACUCCACCAAGUCUUUCAGGAGCCCCGUCGACCCGCCAGGCACGCCGAGGACAAGCGAGAAAGCGCGGACGCCGAUGCUCUCCGAUACACGCAUCUAAAAAAGGCACGUCUUGGGGGAGGGAAGUGGAGAGGAGAUAGGG